GCAGCAGGGUUGCCACAAAGUUUCACAGCAGCUGCAGCAGCGGGACUUUUCAAUACUUCAUCAAAUCUGAUGUCGCUUGGAAAUACAGCCAAUUUGCAGCAAGCCUUGUACAGUGGUAGCAAGAAUCCAUAUUCGAAUACGUUGGAACAAUUGGCAGCAGCACGACAGAAACGUGAUGAUGAUUGCAGCAUGCAGUCGGCAAGGUAG